AUGGUGAGGACCAAGCCGAAAUCAUGCAAAGGGCCUCCUUCCCCUCAUGCUGCAGAGGCCAGCCCAAGGAAGCGACGGAAGGGGGCAGUGCCCACAGGAAAUACCACCCUGCUGGCCAUCAACAAAGUCAAGGAAAGGGCCAAGCAACAGCACAAGCAUGCAAAGAAGACGCGCGAGAACUACAAUGGGUAUGUGGAACGAGGACAGACAUGGCUGAAGGCACAUUUUGCUACUAGCAGGGGGGCCGUGGCAAGCAUGGAUUCAGAGACCAUGUCUAUCAGUACUGAUGCCUACGAGGAUCCCACAUUCAGAGAUGCACUCGAGAGGAUGCCCAACCAACAUUCUGACAAGGCCCUCGCACUCCUCAUCUCCUUCAAGUGUUUCCAUGAGAACUGUGGCCAGAGCAUGUGCGACGGGACCUACUCAGCCUUCAAAAAAUUCUGGGAGGAAGCGGAUGGAGAUACCUACUGUGGGAGGUGGCAUUUCAACGAGGCAUGCCUGUGCUGGGAAGGAAACCCCACAUCAUCAGCUGAGGUUCAAGACAUCAUCAAGUCUGUCAAGCACAAGACCAGCAGCGAGGGUGGGGACAGAACUCACUCCAUUGCAAUGUCGAAAGGAUUCAUGGAUCGAAUCCUGGCCUGGACCCACAAACUCUGCCCGCCGGAGACAUUCCUUGGGCUUAUGAGGUCAGUUCUGGCAGCAGAUACGAUGAGCACAGAACCCCUCACACUGGAAUCGCGUGAAUUGCUCACAAAGAUGACGAUGUACCAAGCAUUUAGCACAACGGCCUGGAACCUGUGGACGAGGUGCUUCGAGCUCAUCAAACUCAAACGGAAAGACUUGACCAUCGAUUUUUUCCAAGUCGGCACAACAUUCACAAGAUAUCUCAAUGGCGAGAAACUGUGCUUGAAGGACCUCCACACAUAUUUCGAGGUGUUUUUGUCCAACCGAAAAGGCUGGCAGCGGAGAGUAGACAAGGGCACGAAGGAAUCAGACCUACGAAGCAAUCAGUACAAGCUCUACCCACAGCCAGACCUACCAGGCUGCAACUGCUUCUUCUGGCUCUUACUCUGGCUUACCUUUCUUGAAGUGCAAAUGGCAUUGUCCACUGUGGUGAACCUAUCUCGCACGACACUGUUCAAGCAUGGAUCGACGAAGCGACCACAGAAGCAGGAAUCCCAUGAGGUGCAGUGGCAUUGGAUGUUUGCACCUAUCGGUCAGCACUGGACUCUCGCGAGGGUCAGGUGGUGGGGUUCAUGGGCAGAGAAUGAGAAUCGUGACACACUGAUCCGGUAUCUCCUCAACGAACUCUCCACCUAUGAAAACGACCAUAGUGAUGCCCUCUGUCCAACACAGUGUGAAGCUGAUGCAUCUCUGCUUGGAGAGCACUUGCUUGUCAAGCCCGUUUGCAUCCAGGACCUGCAGUCGAUGCAUGAAUGCAUCUCAGCUGAUGUUGCAGGUUUGCAGAGUGACCUACGCACCCUCGCAGCCACGCUCUACAAUGGGCAGCUGACUAACCUGCCCAACUCACCCAGCAGCACAGGCAUGUGCAAUGCUCCGCACUCGUCAACUCUGCUGUCCAACCCAGGCAACCCCUGCGUUGUUCAUCACUCAUCCCAGCCACCCAGCUCUGAGUCUCAGCCACGCUGCCCUGCUAUUCUCUCCUCCACUCUCCCACAGCCCUCUGCACUCACUCAAAUCACAGACAGCGGCAUCGUUCAAGUUGGUUCCCACUCGCUAGUACCACCUGAGAAGGGACUUGUCAUCCCUGAUGUCCCAACACGACACCCUGAUGGGACCCACACCCCCAGAGCUGCCUCUUGGAGACAGAUUGUGAAGCACUGGACGGAUGGUGACCCUAAGCACAGAUUGCUACUUCCACUUCGAGAUUGGCCACCUGAGUGGAUCCGCGGGAAGAACAAGAAGUUUUUUGCAAUGAAGUACCACCAGCGCUCGGUGAUCGCACUGGAGUUUCUUGACCGGUUCAAUGGACACGAGCCUGUGUUCCUCGCUGCAUAUCCAGAGGCCACUGUGGGCCACACAGCUUUGCUUUGGGCAAUCAACCGCGCGAAGAAGGAGUGCGGGGAUAUCAUCCCUCGAAAGUAUACUGUUCCAUACUACUUGCCUCCCACCAGCACGUCCAUCCGUUUCUCCCCAUCAUCCGGCCUCGUUCCCUCGUUCCCUCGCGACUUUGUCCUCUCGCUGUGCAUGUGCAGCACCCCAACCACGGCGGGAAGGUGGGGUCACGUGACGUACACUACCGUAUAUGGCGAGCCAAGAGGUAAAAUUUUCGACCUAAGUGUCUGUAACGUGCCUCAAAUCCAUGAUACACUGCCAGCAAAACAACAAAAUAGAAGCCAAGGAGGGCUGUGCCCUCCUUUGGCUUUCUGGCCUCAGGCUGCAUCCUAA